AUGGAGAACUUUACACUGACUGAUCGCCUUCCCAAUAACAACGUAUCUCAGGAAAUCAAUGCUACACUGGUGUUUCGCUGCUUCAUGUUCACCGACAGCAAUGCCUUAAAGAUACUCAUGGUUAUUGGCUAUAGCGUCUUAAUCACCACUUCGCUAAUUGGAAACUUCAUACUAGCAUGUGUCUUCUUCACAAACAAAACCAUGAGGAAUAACGUGAAUUGUUAUAUCAUGAACAUGGUGCUGGCUGACCUUCUGUUGACCCUAGUUUAUAUGCCUCGAAUGAUAGGGAGAAUUCUUAUCGGACUUGAAUGGCCUGUGGAAGGUACCACUGGACUAAUACUCUGCAAACUAGUGUCUCUGUCUCAAGAAAUUUCGAUCUGCGUCUCCAUUUUAACCGUUGUUAUCGUCGCGUUUGAGAGGUUGUUCGCUGUAGCGUUUCCAUUGCGAGAAAUAAUAUCAAGGAAGCUUAGCCUGGGCCUGUUAUGUGGUACUUGGAUUGUCUCGCUUGCAGUUCGAUUUCCCAUGCUGUACUCCGUAAAGACCGUUAGUUUCCAAUCUGGCAAAUUUGGCUGCUUUUGGAUUCAUUCUCUGAGCUUUUCAACUAAAGAAGCUAGAAAGUUUUACGAUAGUUUUAUUAUUGUUACUUUCUUUGGCCUGCCCCUUCUGUGCAUAAUGACCUUGUACACUGCCAUCUUGAUCAUUCUAAGGCGAAGGCAAACCCUUGUGGGAAAUGUGACAAGAAAUCGCGUUUUGGCUACAAACAAGAAAGUCACCCAGAUGAUAAUUGCAGUAAUAACAGCUUUUAUACUUUGUUGGUUGUUGUAUUUUAUUGUGAUACCGAUGCAGGAGUUUUGGAAUGUCCCAGUGACGUGUGAGAUACACUUUCUCCGCUUUUUUCUAGGACACGUCAACAUUGCUUGUAAUCCUGUAAUUUGCUUGCUGUUUAGUCAGAAUUAUAGACAAGGCAUCAAGUCAAUUCGCUCCUGCCGAUUAGGACAAAGGUUACCGCGAAGGAACAUCAGAAAAGGAAGCCCGAGAGAUCAUUCAGUCUCCCACGUUGCGUUGUUGAGUCUUCAAACAUUAGCGUUAGACCCACGUUUGGAA